AUGUCUGAAUUUGAUAAAUACGCUACCCCAUUAUCUUCUAGAUAUGCAUCCAAGGAGAUGUCCGCAGUUUUCUCCCUUAGAAACAGAUUUUCUACAUGGAGAAAACUAUGGUUAAACCUUGCCAUUGCAGAAAAGGAAUUAGGCCUUGAUGUUAUUACUGAUGCUGCCAUUGAACAAAUGAAACAACAUUUAACAAUUACUGAUGAAGAAAUUGCUGCUGCUUCUAAGCAAGAAGCCAUUGUCAGACAUGAUGUUAUGGCCCACGUACAUACAUUUGGUGAAUCAUGUCCGGAUGCUGCAGGUAUUAUCCAUUUGGGUGCUACUUCCUGUUACGUUACAGAUAACGCUGAUUUAAUCUUCUUAAGAGACGCUUAUGAUCUUGUUAUUCCAAAAUUAGUCAACGUUAUUGACAGAUUAUCUAAAUUUGCCAUGGAAUACAAGGAUUUACCUGUAUUAGGAUGGACUCAUUUCCAACCAGCACAAUUGACUACAUUAGGUAAGAGAACCACUCUAUGGAUUCAAGAAUUACUUUGGGAUCUAAGAAACUUUGUAAGAGCUAGAAAUGAUCUUGGUCUUCGUGGUGUUAAGGGUACUACAGGUACUCAAGCCUCUUUCCUAAGUUUGUUUCACGGUGAUCAUGAUAAAGUCGAGGCCCUUGAUAAGAGAGUCACUGAAUUAUUGGGGUUUGAUACCGUCUACCCAGUUACAGGUCAAACCUAUUCUAGAAAGAUUGAUAUUGACGCUUUAGCCCCAUUAGCAUCCUUCGCUGCUACUGCCCAUAAGAUGGCUACUGAUAUUAGACUAUUAGCAAACUUAAAGGAAGUUGAAGAACCAUUUGAAAAAUCUCAAAUUGGUUCCUCAGCAAUGGCCUACAAGAGAAACCCAAUGCGUUGUGAACGUGUUUGUUCUUUAGCUAGACAUCUAGGUUCUCUAUUUAGUGAUGCUGUUCAAACUGCUUCAGUUCAAUGGUUCGAAAGAACUCUAGAUGAUUCUGCCAUCAGAAGAAUUUCUUUACCUGGUGCAUUCUUAACUACCGAUAUCUUAUUAUCUACUCUAUUGAACAUUUCCUCUGGUCUUGUAGUAUAUCCAAAGGUUAUCGCUAGAAGAAUUAAGAGUGAACUACCAUUUAUGGCUACUGAAAACAUCAUUAUGGCUAUGGUUGAGAAAAAUGCCUCUAGACAAGAUGUCCAUGAACAAAUCAGAGUGCUCUCUCAUCAAGCUGCUGCCGUUGUCAAGGAAGAAGGUGGUGACAAUGACUUAAUCGAACGUAUUAAGAAAGAUGAAUUUUUCAAACCAAUUUGGAAUGAAUUGGAUGCUUUGUUAGAACCAUCUACUUUUGUUGGUAGAGCUCCACAACAAGUUGAAAAAUUCAUUGACAACGAUGUUAAGAAUGCUCUAGCACCACAUGCUAGCAUGAUAAAUGACGUUGAAGUGAAAUUAAGUGUUUAA